UAGUUUAAAAACUUCAUUCAUUCGUGACUUACAAAGUCACUUAUGUAAACAGUGUGUAUUUUGUUUGUUCAAGCUUGUGUGCAUAUAUGUAUAUAUGUGUACAUAGAUUUAUUAUAUAUAAAUAUUACUUUUUUAAUACAUAUAGAAUUUGAACGAUUUUCCGAACAAAUGAAUUUUCAAAAUUCGUUAUACAAGGUUAUAUUUUCGAUCAUUAACAAACAUUCAUAAUUAUGUACGUAUGUAUGUACAUAUAUAUUAAUAAUGAAAGAUGGUACUUGCUAUGUACUGCUUAAAUAAGUAAUUAUUGAGUCCUUUCACAAGAUAAAAAUUAAAAAAUAAUUCAGAUAAAUUUGAAUUUUUUUUAAUCAAGAAAUUUUUUAUUCCGUUCUUUAGCUGAGAACGGUACAUUAAAGCUGAGAACGGUACAUUCCAUAUAAAAAGAAUUACAAAAGCAAAUCCAAUGUACAAAAUUUUCUACACUUUUAUACAAAUGAAAUAAAAGAACUAAUGUAAACCGUUAAUUUACUGAAUAGUUUCAUUAUGACCAUAGAUCUCUAAAAAAUUAAGAAUCAAUCGACCAAGCUACUCGAACAAAUUGAAUUGAAUCAAGAAGAUUAAGAUACAAUUAUGUCUUGUCAAACUGGAAUAAGGGCCAAUCAAAACCUUUUGAAAAUCUUCAGUGAAGCUAAAAGUGACGAUGGAAAUAUUCGAGCUUUAAAAAUUUCCAUUGAAAAUGAUGAACUAACAUGCACUUCUACAUAUGCAUUAAAAGGUAAUUGGGAAGAAGAUUAUGAUGAUGCAGUUAAACCAUUUAUUGAUACGGAAAUACCAUGUUACAUUCUUUAUCGUUUGGAUAGUAAAACAAAUUCCGGUUUUCAAUGGUUACUUAUUAAUUGGGUUCCCGAUUCUUCAAAUGUUCGUCAGAAAAUGGUCCAUGCGUCGACAAAAGCCACUUUAAAACUUGAAUUUGGUGGUUCAACACAUAUCACUGAAGAAAUUCAUGCUACCAAAUAUCCCGAAGCAACGUUUAAUGGUUAUAAAAAAGCUAAAAAAUUAGAAGCUGCUCCAGCACCAUUAACGAAUUUUGAAGAAGAAAAAAAAUUAAUCAACGCUGCAGAAGUACAAGAAGCUUGUGUCAGUGCUCUGUCACAAACACUCAAAGGAGUGUGUUUUCCAUUGACUGAGGAAGCUAAAACAGCAAUAGAAGAAAUGGUGAAAGGCCAACACAAUUAUUUACAAUUUGAAAUUAUAAUAAAGGAUGAACAAAUAAACUUAACAAAAUCUGAAACAAUAAAUACCGAUCAAUUAAGGAGGCAAAUACCAAGAGAUCAUCCGAGGUAUCAUGUUUUUCUCUUUAAACAUGUACAUGAGGGAAUCACUCAAGAACCAUAUAUAUUUAUUUAUUCAAUGCCAGAUUAUGCGAGAGUAUCGGUUAAGGAACGAAUGUUGUAUUCAAGCUGUAAAGCGCCAUUCGUUGAAUUUUUAACUUCAAAUGGGAUACAAAUUGCCAAAAAGUUAGAGAUUGGUAGUGGAAAUGAAGUAACGGAAGAAUCACUUACUGAAGAAUUUCAUCCAAAAAUUGUUGAAAGAUCUCAACCAAAAGCUAAACCAAAGUUACCGCCUGGUUUAGGAAUGAUGCCGUUUAAGUUGCCAGGAAUGGAACCUAAGUAGAUGCAAUAAUCAACUUACCAAAUUUUAAAUCGCAUAAAUAUCUUUUGUAUAUUAGCUACUUUAUUUUUAAUCUGCUUGUAUUACUUAUUUACAUUAUUGUUUUGGUUUAGUAUGAAUAAAAAUCCGAAAAUAUUACUAAUUUUAAUCUUA